GGUGGCUAUCGGUUGUUUGGUACGUGGCAGGUUUCCCAUCACCUUGUACAUCACCAAGCUAGAAGUUGGCAGGAAAGCUCCAAACACUCGACACAAGGGAAAAGUCUUAUUUUUAAAAAUCAUUUACAUAUGUACAUUAAAAAAGUAGAAAUCUCAUAAUUUUGCUUGAGGUUCAAUAAGAGUUUUGAAAAAAGAUGAGACAGCUUAAAGGCAAGGUAAAGGAGACGAAUAAACAGAAGAAGGAACGUAAAAAGGAAUUCAUUGAAAAUAAAAAGAAAGUAUUUACGAUAGCACUGCCAACAUUAGGAGCCGUUUUUCUGUUCAUUGGUGUAUAUAUUUACCUUAAAACGCGGCCAAAAACAAUGGAGGAUUAUUAAAACAUACGAAACCCAGGCACUGAGAAGAUUAAGUUUAUAAAAAAAAUUUUCUUGUUUUCUAUCAAGUUUUUGUGUGUCAUUUUAACAGAUUUUUACUACUUGAUGAACAUUUGUACUCAUAAUGAAAGUUGAUAUUAAAUUUUAAAAAAUAAGAAGAAAAAGUAAUGUGAUAGUAGGAAAAUAAGUUUGGCACAUAUAUGUUUGUCUGGAUGAAGGAUUUAUUUUCUGUAUGAAAAAAUUGCUUCCAGUUG